ACAAGGAUGCUGUCGGAAAGUUGUGAUGGUGAAUGUGAUGAAUAAAUAUUUGCAAUAAAAAUACAUUGUGCAAAUCUACUUUGUAUGUUAUCAUACCUGAAAUAAAGAAGAUCUGGCACAAGUCUACUUGAGGUCAAAUUAUUUAAACGCUCAAACACGUUAAGAGGAUGAGCGCCGAGGCCGCGGACAGGGAGGCUGUGACGGGCAGCCGACCCUCUACCCCGCCGCAGACCUCCUGGUUCGAAUUCAUCUUGGAUGUGGCAUUGUUGGAGAAGCAUUUGCAAAAACCCAAUCCUGACCCAUCACCAGUGCAACUUGUCAUUCAGUUCCUGGAGCAGGCGUCCAAACCUUCAGUGAAUGAACAGAACCAGGUCCAGCCACCGAUAGACAACCGCAGGAACCGCACCCUGAAGCUCUUGGCCCUGAAAGUAGCUGCUCAUCUCAAAUGGGACUUGGACGUGCUGGAGAAGGGGUUGACCAUCCCUGUGCUGAACAUGCUUCUGAAUGAGCUGCUGUGCGUCAGCAAAGUGCCCCCUGGCGUCAAGCACGUGGAGCUGGACCUGGCUACCUUGCCACCCACCACAGCUAUGGCUGUUAUCAUCUACAACCGAUGGGCCAUCCGGACCAUUGUGCUGAGCAGCUUCCCUGAGAAGCAGACGAAACCGGGCCCCCAUCAGAUGAACAUGAUGAAUGUGCUGCAGCAGGAGAAGGAGCUGACGGAGAACAUCUUGGCUGUGCUGAAGGAGCAGGCGUCUGACUCCAUCAUGGUCCUGGAGGGCGUUCUGGGUAUCCAGAAGGACUUCUACAUCCACACCCUGCGCACGCUGGACCUGCUGGCGGCUGACCCCUCCACUGCCAACGGGGAGACGGAGAGCUCCACCGCGGGCCUGUGCAUCAGUGCCGAUGAACUGCACUGUCAGGUGCAUUAUGACCUGGGAGGCAUCUACUUCCAGCAAGGCGGCGCCGACACCGCCGCCUACGAGAAGGCCAGGGACAACUUCAGACGGGCCAAAGAGCUCUACGCCAAGCUGGACUCUGGUGCGCUGCACUGCCACCUGGAUGAGCGGAGGCUAGCGGGCUACUGGAGCGCCUGCAGAGGCCUUACUGGAGCCUCAGACCCCUCAGACACACAGCUCACAGCCCACGGCCAGAUCAACAGCUUCAUUCGCUCACACAACCACCAGGCCCUUGUGGAGGCGUUUAUAAAAGACAACAUCCAGCUCAGUUUGCCAAACAGCUUCAGGCACUCGGUGUUGCUGGAGUUCCAACAUAAAGUGCAGCUUGGGGAGCGGAGCCUGGACGAGGUGUGCCAUAAGCUGUGUGUGUGUAACGCGGUGCGGGAUGCUCUGGAGGGUCAGGUGCUGAGUGUCAGCUACCAGCAGCUCCUGCUCAAGCCCAGCAAGCGCACCGUCAGCUUCCUGCUGGAGGUGUGCAGCAGGUCCCUGGAAAAGGAUCGUGUGCCUGACACUGCCAAGAGAAACAUGGCCAUUUUCCUCAAGAGUCUGUGUGAGGGUCUGGAGGAGGUGCCGCUGGCCUUCCUGGUGACGUCCCAUCGUGUCUUCAUGGAGCUGCUGCAGGACGAGGACCGCAGGGCGCUGCUGGAACACCUCCGCAGGAGGUCCGCCACCGUGAACCUCAGCGCCAAACCCCUGCCCUCCUUCUACGAUAUACCAGCGUCUGCGAGUGUGAACAUCGGGCAGCUGGAGCAGCAGCUAGUUCUCUCUCUGGAGCCCAGACGCCUUCGCCAGAUCCUGAUUGAGCUCCAUGGCCUGGCCGAGAGACCAUACUGGAGGGUCAACAGCAAGUGGGAAGUGCCAGUGGACUACAUCAAUGUGAUCCUGGCCAUCAAAGACACCUUGGCACGAGAUCUGGUCUACAUCCUCAUGGCAAAGGGCCUGCACUGCAUCACCCUGAAGGAUUUCGGCCAUGCGCGCCAGCUGUUCUCGGCGUGUCUGGAGCUGGUGACGGAGUUCUCUCCGAUGCUGCGUCAGGUGAUGCUGAACGAGAUGCUGCUGCUGGAGGUUCGAACCCACGAGAGCAACGCGGCGCAGGGCUGCAGUGACAAGCCCACUCCCGACCUGGUCAGCCGCGUACGGGGCUACCUAGAGAUGAGGCUGCACGACCUCCCUCUGCGUCAGAUCGUGGGGGAGGAGUGUGUGGCCUUCAUGCUGAACUGGAGGGAGAACGAGUACCUCACACUACAGGUGCCGGCCGCGCUGGUGCAAAACAACCCCUACAUCAAGGUGGGCCAGCUGUUGGCGUCCACGUGUAAGGAGCUGCCGGGUCCUAAGGAGUCGCGGCGUACGGCUAAGGAGCUGUGGGAGGUGGUGGUGCUCAUCUGCAGCGUCUCCACGCAGCACAAGCGCGCCUCCGACGGACGCCUCAGCCUCAUCAAGCACCGCGAGUCCAGCCUCGGCAUCAUGCCCAGGAGCAAAUUCAUCACUUUUGUCAAGAAACUCAGGGAACCCCUGGUCCUCACCACACUCAUCUCCCUCUUCGUCAGGCUACACAGCCUAGUGCGGGAUGAUCUAGUUAAUGAGGUGACUGCGGAGCAUCUGUCCAUCUGGCCCUCCACACUGGCCAAUAUGCAGGCGGUGGAUGUUGAGGCUGUGGCGGUGACCGUCAAGGAGCUGGUGACCUUUGCCCUGACCCUCAACCCCAAUAACCAAUCCUGGCUCAUCACACAGGCCGACAUCUACUUUGUGACGGGCCAGUAUUCUGCAGCGAUGCAUUACUACCUGCAGGCAGGAGCCGUGUCCUCUGACUUCUUCACCAAGGCCGUCCCUCCUGACGUCUACACUGAUCAGGUUCUGAAGAGAAUGAUCAAGUGUUGUUCUCUGCUGAACUGCCACACUCAGGUGGCAGUGUUGUGCCAGUUCCUGAGGGAGGUUGACUACAUGACUGCCUUCAAAGCCCUUCAGGAGCAGAGCAGUCACGAUGGAAUGGACUCCUACUAUGACUACCUCUGGGACGUGACCAUCCUGGAGUAUCUCACACACAUCCAUCAGAAAAGGGGAGAGUCUGACAAACGACAAGUAGCUAUCAAAGCGAUCGGCCAGACGGAGCUCAAUGCCAGCAAUCCUGAGGACGUUCUGCAGCUCGCAGCCCAAAAGAGGAAGAAGAAAUUCCUACAAGCCAUGGCCAAGCUCUACUUCUAGAUUACGACCACAAAAACAAACAAAACAUUUUGUACAAUAGCACCAUUUUUUUUAUUUCUCACUUUGCAUGAGAAAAUAAACUUUUUUAUAUAUAAAUACAGCAA